GCACCAGUGAGGAGGGAGGCGACCGCAUCGGAAAAACCUCGAGUCACCGCGACGAUAAUUGUAAUUAAACGACGAUGUCUUCUGUUGAGUAUUUGAGAGAGUUUGUCAACGAGCGACUGACUGUUGCUGCCGAGGAAAUAUUCGGAGUUUUUAAAAGAACCAUCGUCGAGUACGAAGAGGAGAUCAGCCGUCAGCGCAGGCUGCUGGAAAUCGUUUUAAAACCUGAAAUAAAGUUACAGCGGAUCGAGCUCCCACCGCAAGAUGUGUAUCAGGAGGAGGAGGAGGAGGUUCUCGCGGACCAUAAGCAGCUCUGUAUUCAGGAGAGGAACUCCAGUCUCGACCAGGAGGACCCAGAGCCUCCACAGAUUAAAGAGGAGCAGGAGGAGCUCUGCAUCAAUCAGGAGGGAGAGCCGCUUGAACUGAAAGAGGAGACUGAUACCUUUAUGUUGACUCCUGCUUAUGAGGAAAAUGACCACAAGUUCCUCUCUCACGACUCUCAUGCAGCUGAGAACCAAGAUCAGGAAGGAGAUCAGCAACGAGACUUGAAAUCAACUGGAAAUGAAGAGCCAGAACCAACAAUAACACAUCACACAAGCAUAAGUCUCAGUAACAAUGCAUACAGUCGCGCAGGUAAAAUGCUUUUCGACUGUGACACUUGUGGGAAAGCUUUCAAGUUUAAGUCCCAUUGGUAUAUACACCAGAGAAUCCACACAGGUGAGAAGCCUUAUUCUUGCAAUGUCUGUGGGAAAAGAUUCUGUCGGCCGUCGAUAUUAAAGGAACAUCUCAGAAGCCAUACUGGUGAGAAGCCAUACCCCUGCAAAACAUGCGGGAAAAAGUUCAGAUACCACAGCAGCGUGUUGGUCCACAUGAGAACACACACGGGGGAGAAGCCGUUUACGUGCAGCGUGUGUGGAAAAGCUUUCAGACGAAAAGGUGAAUUGGCGAUCCACACAAGAAGAGCCCACACUGACGAGAGGCCGUUUCUUUGCAAGAUGUGCGGGAAAGGAUUCUGUGUGAAGUCGAUGCUGAAUACCCACAUAUUAAUGCACACAGGUGAGAUGCCAUUUACGUGUGAAACGUGUGGGAAAGAGUUCAGACGUGCCAGUGCCUUGAAAACCCACCAAAGAACCCACACGGGAGAGAAGCCGUAUUCGUGCAACACCUGCGGGAAACACUUCCGCCAGAAAUCGGCUCUGAAUGCUCAUAUGAGAAUCCACACAGGUGAGAAGCCGUAUUCUUGUGAAACCUGUGGACAGGAUUUUACACGCAACAGUAGUUUGUUGGUCCACAUGAGAAGAGCACACACUGGCGAGAAGCCGUAUGUGUGCGAGAUCUGCGGGAAGGGUUACUUUGAUGUGUCGCAUUUGGCAAGGCAUAGAAAAAUGCAUACAGGCGAGUAGCUUUGUAUUUGAAAGCAUGCGGAAGACGAUUCAGUUCUGGUGGUUCGUGGUCAAAACACACAAAAACUCAGAACUGAGGAACCAAAUGAUUGCAGUACUUGUGGGAAAAGUUUUAGUGAUAUUGUGCUUGAAAAAACACCGUAGGAUCAAUAUACACAGGAGAAACCAUUGAGAAGAAUCUCGUGGAGACGUGUUCAUUACCUGAAUAAUUUUUUUAGUUAGCUAGCUACAUCUCUGUGUUUUCAUGUAUAUAAUUUUUCAUUGAGAAGAGAUCACGAAAUGUUAAUAAAGUAGUGCGUCGUCAAUAAUGCCAUCAACUUACUUGUUUUUUCCCUUUAUGUUACUGCAUUACUUUAAAAAAAAAACAGUAUCCUUUGUAACAAUCAUAAUUUCCAAAGUCUUUGUUACACAAGGGGUUUAUAGUUCCUACAUAGUUCUGUCUUUUUCUGUUUUAAAAUUUUUGUACACCACCUCAGUCAUGAGGGGAUUGUGAACUCUGAUGUUGAGGCUGGAAAAGUCGGUCUGUACUGGUGCUGGGUUACUUAUGUUCUCAUGCCGCCAAUACGACACUUUUUUAUCUGCAACAUGUCAUAUAUUUAUCUUUAUAUGUGUAACUGCAUCAGCUUGAUAUAUUUUUAUUGUUUUAGGCUUUAGAGGUGAAACACAGAAUUGUGUUCACGAUGAUGUGCUACAUGGUGUUAUCAACAAAUCAGCCUCAACAGUUGUAUGAAUACAAUAAUCAAUACCAAAAGGGACAGGGAUCUCAGAUGUAAUCCAGUAUUAAUUCUCAUGUGUAAUCUAAUAUUAAUUUGUCCGAUAACAUUUCAAAUGCUGGCGUAUUUUUACACUGUUAUUGCUGCUUUUAUUUACCUGUAACUAGCUAAUGUUUUACUUUUUGACUUAAAAAAGCUCAAAAGGACAACAGUUACAUGUAGUAAAACAGAGAAAAUACCCAAAUUUUACUGCAAAGUGAAGUGAGAUAGAUGUAAAACCUGUUAACUAUUUAAAAAUGAACUACAAAUGCAACUAAUCUAUGCUGUAUUCAAAGCCAGACUCCGUCACUAUGAGUUUUCUUUGUGAAAAUGCAUGUUUUAGAAGCACUGAGCAUACAGCUGGAUGAAUGAGACGUGGAUUAUACUGCAUUAGUAGUGUGAGACUUUGUUAAAGAUGUUUUGAUACAGAGUUCCCUCGGAUCCUUAAAAAAUUCUUUAACUUUUUAAUUAGGAAAAAACAACAACAAAGAACAUGUAUUAUAGUGAAGUAAAUGUCUGAGCAAAAUUGUCCCCAACUCUAAGUCAUUGAUUUUAGGGUUCAUGUCUUUUUUUUUUCUUCAAUUUUGUUUAUUGCAAAAUUGGUCUUAAAUUUUAUUCCAAGUGGCAUUAAAAAACUCUUAAAUCUUACUCUCCACAAGCUGUAGGGCCCCUGUGAUAGUUUUGCUGUUGUUAAGAGUCGUCCCCAUUUAAUCAAUAAAUCAGUAUGUUCACUGUUUCUUUGGUGGCGUGUGAGAAAAUCAAACUUUUCUUCACAAAUUCGGUGUAACACUCAGGACUAUUUGAUUUACAGAUGGUCAUUUUCUGGGUCAAGUACUCCUUUAAGUCCACGAGCACAAACCACAGAGAGAGAUGAAAUAGUAGGAAGCCAGAUAAUGAAAAAGACAUCCUGCAUUAGUCCAACUGGCUCUGGCGAGGUGCUUUUCGACUUCAGUGAGCGUAUCCACGUAAAAAGAGUUUUCACGUUAUGUGGAGUUCAGGCGCAGCAGCCGCCUCAGUUUCAUUGGACAGCAUGAUGACAACCAUGUCAGAAGCUACUUCAAGUGUUUAAGUCUAUUGGCUCGUUUAGUUUAGUUAUGAUUGUCUGCAUUUUCACUGCAGUGAUUUUGAUGGAUAUGUGUGAGAUCACAGUUGUCUUGCUCUCAGUAUGAGAGGUUUUGUAUGUCAAUUAAUAUGUAAGUGCGCUUUAUUUUAUUCUCUUGUUCCUCACUUGCCUUCACGACCGCUGCGAUCAUCUGCAGCUGGGUUUAUUGGAGGUUGCCAAAAACAGCCAAAAUAAAACUGGGGAUGCAGCGUUUGUAAGUUUUGCCCCAAAGCUCUGGAACACACUGCCUAUAGAUAUCAGAGAAGCAACCUCGCCAAAUAUUUUUAAAAAGAAAACAAAAAACUUUUCACAUUAGCCUUUAACUAGCUCUGACUUAACUGCUUUGCAUUCUGCUUCACUCUUGUGUACUGCUGCACCUCUUUAAAAUGUAUUUUCCUUUAUUUUAUGCAUUUUGUACACUCUAUUUUUAGCUUUAUUUUUAUUA